GUUGCAGGAAAGAUCCAAACCGUGUCGCCCAACUCAUUUUUAUUUUGUAAGCACAUUUGAUGGCGUCGACAGAGGAAUAUGUUCAAGAUGCAACAUUUGCCUCCUUGCCGCGUACUGUUAGAGGAAUGCCUCUGUCGUUGCAUGCAAGUCCGGACGGCCAGAAAUUGAUUUACUGCAAUGGCAAUUCCGUUUACAUUCGUAGUAUCCAGAAUCCAAAAGAAUGUGAAAUUUAUACCGAACAUGCGAAUCCCACAACUGUGGCAAAGUACUCUCCAUCCGGUUUUUACAUCGCAUCUGGUGACCAGUCCGGAAAAAUACGUAUUUGGGAUGCGACACAACCCACACAUAUACUAAAAGCUGAAUAUCCAAUAUUGUCAGGUCCUGUUCGUGACAUUGCAUGGUCUGACGACAGCAAAAGGAUAGCAGUGGUUGGUGAAGGACGUGAAAGGUUUGGCCAUGUUUUCCUUUUUGAUACGGGAACUUCCAAUGGGAACCUUUCGGGUCAAAGUCGCACAAUGUCAAGUAUUGAUUUUCGUCCUGCUAGACCCUACAGACUUGUGAGUGGUUCAGAAGACAAUACUGUUGCGCUCUUCGAAGGACCUCCAUUUAAAUUUCUUACUCUGUUCCACGAACAUACCCGUUUUGUUUACUGUGUCCGGUAUAACGUUAGUGGUACAUUGUUCGCUAGUUCGGGAGCAGAUGGAAAGGUGAUAUUGUACGAUGGAACAAGUGGUCAAAAAGAGGGAGAAUUUGUGGAUGACCAAUGUAAAGGUAUGGCUCAUGCUGGAAGCGUUUUUGCGUUAUGUUGGUCUCCAGAUGGGCAGCAUAUUGCAACUGCAUCCGGUGACAAAACCAUCAAAAUUUGGGAUAUUGCUUCGAGGAAAUUGGAGAAAACUUUUGUGAUAGGAAAAAAUGUUGAUGAUCAACAACUUUCCAUCGUUUGGACGAAAGCUUUUCUUGCUGGAGUCAGUCUCUCGGGUUUCAUAAAUAUAUUGGACUUAGAGAGCUGUUCUGUAUCAAAAGUUUUGAAAGGACAUAACAAACCGAUAACAGCUCUUACGGUAUGUCCGGAGAAAGCGUUGGCUUUCACAGCGGAUUUUGAAGGAAAUAUCACACGAUGGUGCCUUAAUUCAGGAGAUUCAGAAAGGUUGUUACCCGCUGUACACUCUUCACAGGUAUCAGAUAUGAGUGUCUCACCAAAUGGUGAUUUGGUAUCGGUUGGUUGGGAUGACUCGAUUGCAUUUACUUCUUUUCCUGGUUCACUCGAUCAUGUUCAGUCAAACAAGGUGAAAUUAUCAUCACAACCGCGACAACUUGCAUUAGGUUCUGGUGGUAAGAUUGCAGUUGUUGCUUGCCAGAAAUCAGUUACUGUUUUCUCGGAUGGCAAACAAACGAUCUCGGAAAACAUUGACUACGAAGCUUCUUGUGUCGCUGUUGCUCCAGAUUCGAGGCUUACCGCUGUUGGUAGUCAGGAGGGGAAGGUACAUGUUUAUGAAUUAAAUAGCAAUCAAAUGAAGGAAAUAAAAACGAUCUCACAAACUGGAUCCAUUACUUCUCUUUCCUGGAGUCCGAACGGAAAUUUCCUUGUUGCAACAGAUACAAAUAGGAAGGUAAUACCGUAUUCCGUGGAUAAUGAUUACAAAUGUGUCACAGAGAAAGAAUGGACCUUUCAUUCAGCUCGAGUAAAUUGUUCUGCUUGGUCGCCAGACAGUCGUUUUGUUGCAACUGGUGGCAUUGAUACGAAUGUCAUUGUUUGGGAUUUGAACCAUAGCGGGGAACAUCCAAUAAUUAUCAGAGGAGCGCAUACAAUGAGCCCAAUUAAUGGGAUUGAUUGGCUUGGUCCAAAUCGGAUCAUCACCGUUGGACAGGAUUCAGUUUUAAAAAUCUGGACAGUCAUUGUGUGAUUGCUUGUUAUUAUGGUAUCUGCGUGACUGUUUGACGGAAAACGUUCGUUUUAAUUAUAUUUAUAUCAUGAACGCUCAAAUGAACUUAUUCAAGUUCCUGAAAUGGGUAUAAAUUUAUGCAAAGUUGCAAACAGCGAAUUUUUUGUCCAUUACAUUGCUGGCUGAUAUGAUGCGUCGAUUAAAUAUAGGUAACAAAGGAAGAGGUUGCAGACGAAAAUUUAACUUUCAACUUUUGUGUACAAUAAAGCGUUAGCUGCUGUAACGCAUAUUAUGGUGCUUUAAUAUUUCUCAACAAAAACAGUUCG